AUGCGCGGAAGGUUAAAUGUUCUCGCGAGGCUCUCGCGGAAAGAUAUUGCCCAGUUACACGCCCGGCAGUCUGGCGGACAGCUUUUCCCGCAAUUCAUACGCGCGCGUAUCCGCGCGUUGAGCGCGUUUGAGGCCGCAGCGGCAGCAGUGGCAGCGCUGCCGGAGGAGCGGAUGUCUCAACCCAGGAGGGACCUGCACUCCGCUGCGCACCGCCACAUGGCACAGUGUCAUCUAGAGCUGGCUAUGCUUGCUGCUCCUGCUGCUGCAGAGACCGACCCCCACCAUCAUCACCAUAACCAGCAUCUCAAUGCUUCGCAGCAGCAGCAUCCGCAUAAGCAGCAGAAACAACAUCAGCAGAAUCAUCAACAGCAGCAACAACAGCAUGCAGCACAUGCAAACGAUGCUGACGUGGCUGGUGGCGCCCCUAUUACAGUUCACAAGCAAAGCAGCUCCAAGGUGCAGGGCAAAGCACAGGGGAAAGAUCAGGUGAACGCGCAGGGGAAAGUUGAGGGAAAGGUACAGGCAAAAGCACAGCUCAAGGGGCCGAGGCGGGGAGCGAAGAUGCAGCAGCAAGCGCAGAAGAAGGGUGAGAAGCGGGGAAAGCGAGAGCGAGAGAAGGCAGAAACAGGGUUGAUGCGUCCUGCGGAAAAGCAUGGAGAGGAGUGGAGCCUGCCUGAAAUGGACCAGGAGGGUGGUCUCAGUGGGAAGAGGAAGUUUGAGGGGGAGGGAGCAAUAGAGGGCGUUACGAAUGGGUUGGAUGAGUUGGAUGGGUUACUUGGACUGGCUGGGUUGGUGGAGGAAGAAGCGGAGGGGAGGGAGGCGAAGCGGGUGUGCAGUGCUCUCGACAUGUUUGCUGCUGUUGCUGACCUCGAACUGAGGAGAGAGGAGAGGCUGAGGGAGGAGAGGCAGAGGGAGGAGGCGUGCUUGUUGCAACAAGACAGCGUUGGAUCUCUGAAGAAAGCAGCGGAAAGAGGGGGGAUGGCCACGACCAAUCAUCUUGCUGUCAUGCUCCUGCUGUACGGGCGAACAGAGCAUCUGAGCCGUUUCUGUGCUGUCCUCUUCUCACAUGCUCCCCUGCUCGCCUCCCCUGAAAAAUUCCCACCUGCCUGCUUCCCUGUUCUUGCUUGUUUCAGGGGAAGGUACGAUGAGGCUGCGGCCUGCCUGCAGGCAGUGCUGCAGAGGGAGCCGCAGCACCCUGCUGCUCUCUGCUCGUACUCCGCCCUGCUGCUUGCUACACAGCGGUGUCAUGGCAGGAGACUUGACAGGAAAGCUGGCAGUAAACUUGACCACAUGCAGCAGCAGAAGCCGCAGGUGGAGCAGAAACUGGAGCUGCAACAGGAUUUGCAACAGCAGGAGCAAGUGCAGCAGCGGCAGGACGAAGAGAAGGAGAGAGCUCCGAAUGCUGGUGUUGUUGUGGAUGUGACGGAGACAGAAGGUGCAGAGUUGGCUCCAGCAGCAACGGGCACAGCAGGAGCAGAUGCAACCAUAGAAGGAGGAGAAAGCAGAGUGGUUUUUUCAGCGGCUGCAGGGGAUUUGGCAGGGGUGUCAGCACAGCAGUGUGCCACAGCAGCAGUGCAGCUGCUACCGAGUUGCGGCUUCCUCUGGUGCAACCUUGCCCACGCCGCCACGCGCUCAGGCCGUUGGAAGCAGGCGGCUAAGUGCAUGUCCCAGGCUCUGAAGCUGCAGCCGGCCAGUGCGCCUCUGCGCUUCGCAGCAGCAGCCCACCGCAUCGCGACUGCUGCCGCUGCCCCUUUGCCCCCGGCCCUCGCCUCCCAGCACAUCCGCUGCGGCGUUGCAGAGAUGGCAGAUGCGAUGGGACUGCCGGAACUGACGUAUGGCUCCAACGGCGUCCCAACAUUUUCACGUGAUGGUGCUUCUGCCAUCAUUUUUGGAACUGGUGCUGGUGCUGGUCCUGGUGCCACUGGUGCUGGUACUAAUGUUGCAAGUGCUGGUGCUGCUGGUGCUUUUGGUGGUUGUCAUGGCGGAAAUCGCAAGAGCGUUUUGAGCCAUGUGCCUGAGUGGAUGGCGUGGGACGUGGUGGGGCAUGCGCAUGCAGCCCUUGAACGGAGAGCUCUCCAGGAGAUUGUGACUAAAACGGGGGCGUUUGUGGUGGAAGAGGAGGCGCGGUUGACUGUAACUGGGUGUUCUGAUGGAGGGAGCGCACAGGAGGGGUUGGGUGAGGAGGAGAUGGAGAGGGGGGGGGGAGGAAAUCGGUUAAUGGCGCUGCUGGUUGGUGCAGCAUCACGGGGAGAGGAUGGGGAUGGAGAGGAGGACGAGGAGAAGAGGUGCAAAGAAGAGGAGGAGGAGGAGGAGGGUUUUGGAAGCGGGGAUGGUGGUGGGAGUGGGGAGGCGGUGAAUGAGGAGCUGGCAUGUGCGGUGGUGCAGGCAGAGGAGCUGAAGCUGGCCGCGUGGAAGAAGCAGUCUCUGAUGGCAGCAGCAGGGGCGGGAACCGGAGCCCAUCAGCUGGGCGUGCAUGCGCUGCACUCUGCCAUUCACUCACUUGCUUCUGACAUGGGAGAUGGCACCACAAUGGGGGGUGCUGCUGCGGACAUCAGAGAUGCUAAUGGUGCAGUUGAGCUGUCUUCCACGGGCUACUUUGCAGCAGCUCACUCGCACUUCCUGAGAGCUCUCUCACGCCACCAGCAAUCGACAGCCACGUGGAGUUCCCUAGAUGAGCACUUCCCUAGCACUUCCCUAGGCCUCUGCCUACAGCUUUCUGGCCGUCUUGACGAAUCCGAGGCAGCGUAUACCCGCGCGCUGCACUGCCCAUCGUCGCUGCCUCCUUGCCCUUCCACCGACCCAUCUUCUCCUCCUUCCUCUUCUCCUCCUCCUCUACCUCCUCCUCCUGCGUCUGCAUCCCAUGUGACCUGGUGCAACCUCUCUCUGCUUCUGCGAGCCCAAGGCCGUCUCUCUGCUGCCCUCUCAGCUGCACACAACGCCCUCCUCCUCGCCCCCAUGCACGGCCCCUCCCUCUGCAGCUUCGCCCUGCUCUCUGCCACCGCUGGCCGCUGGAAAGACGCUGUGGACGCAUUUCAGCGCGCGAGUGAGGUGUUUAGAGGAGUACAGGGAGGCGUGGAGAGAGGGGAGGUGGUGGGGGAGGAUGGGGGGGUGAUGGAGGGACGGGGUGAGAUGGGAGAGGGGUGUGGGUCUGGUGUUGGUGAGGUGGUGGGAGUGGGUGAGGCGGUGAGAGAGGCUGUGAGGGUGAAUCUGCAGGUGGCCUUGAAAUGGCAAGCACGGGCAGAGGAGGAAAGGCAGAAGGCGAAUGGGCGGAAUGAGAUGGCUGGACCAGCGGCAGAGAGGGCGUCUCAAUAUGCGGCUGGUGAGAUCCCUGCUGCUGCUGCUGCUGCUGCUCCUGGUGGUGGUGCUGGUGCUGCUGCUACGAAUGUCUGUCCCUUUGUGCCCGCGUUUUUCCGUCCCGUCGCCCACGCGAUCUCCUCUCGCCUCCCUUACCCACGCGAUUGUCGCCGCCCUUCCGUGGCUCGUCCCGCUGCCUUCUCAUCGCCCAUCCCAUCGUCCAUCCCGUCGCCCAUCUCGUCGCCCAUCUCGUCGCCCAUCCCGUCGCCCAUCCCGUCGUCGAUCCCGUCGCCCUUCCCGUCGCCCAUCCCGUCGCCCCUCCCUCCGCCCUUCCUAUCUCCCCUCGCCUAUCCUCUCCUCCGUCGCCCUUUCUCUCCCCCGUCGCCCUUUCUCUCCCCCGCCGCCCUUUCUCUCUCCCGUCGCCCUUUCUCUGUCACGUCGCCCUUUCUCUUUCCCGUCGCCCUUGCUCUCUCCCGUCGCCCUUUCUCUGUCACGUCGCCCUUUCUCUUUCCCGUUGCCCUCCCUCUCGUCGCCCUUUAUCUCUCCCGUCGCCGAUCCUCUCUCCCGUCGCCCUUCCUUUCUCCCGUCGCCUAUCCUCUCUCCCUCGAAACAGUCAUCGCCCUUCCUCUCUCCCCUCCCGUCACCCACCUCGGCGCCCUGGCGCUCGCCCCGAAAUGUCUGCCCGUCGCCCUUCGUUUCUCCCCUCCCAUCACCCAUCUCGGCACCUUCGCGCUCGCCCCGAAAUGUCUGCAAGUCACCCUUCCUUUCUCCCCUCCCAUCUCCCCACACCCUACCAUUCCACAAUUUUCACACAAUCAGCUCUCUACGUGCGUUGUCGUUUCCUUCUCGUUCUUUGUUUUUUUAUUCCUGACAUAA